AGCAAUGGGAGCCUUUGGAGUGAUGAUAGGGAUUUUACAGUACGUGGGACUUUACAUUCAACUUAACGCGGCUCUCAACGUCGCACACGGCGAGGUGGAUAAUCACGUCUCUGGAAAUGCUCUCUUUACAGAGGUGCCACAUGACAUCACAACGCAGAGUGGUGAGGAUGUAGAGAUGGCUUGUUCCUUCCGUGGGGCAGGCUCUCCCUCCUACUCGCUGGAGAUCCAGUGGUGGUACAUCAAGGACCACAGAGACUGGCAAAAGAAGCCUGCCCAGAUCAGUAAAAAUGUUGUACCCCUGGAGGAAACGUCCAAAGAUGCCACCAAAAUAAGUGUGGUAAAAGUGGCUGGCAGCAACAUCUCCCACAAGCUCCGUCUCUCCAGUGUCAAGCCGUCAGACGAGGGCACGUAUGAGUGUCGUGUCAUUGACUUCAGCGGCACCGUGGCGCAGCACCACCGUGUUUGCGCAUACCUACAGGUGAAGCCUGAGAGAAAUCAGGGGUCAGAUGACAUCAAGGUGUCAGGGUACCGGUCACAGGGGAAACACCCCCACCCCCACCACCAGACAGAGGGCAGGGACCAGAAGAGGAGAUCCACUGGCAGCACCACUGACUGCAAUGAGAGCUGUGUGCUUUAGAGAGGGCAGCCUGCCUGUCUGCAUGUUUAUGACUUAUGUCUACAGAGGGACAGCAACAUCACCAGAAUUUAGGUAUCAGACGUAACUGGACCCUUUGUGAUUCACAUUUGUUUGUCUUUUAAUCUUUAAUAUUGCUGUUUGGAUGCCAAUGCUGUUGAAUGCCAAUAAAGGGCACACUUUUAUUGACAGUA